AUGGGAAGGAGCAGCAGCUGAGCCGCAGGAGAGAGAGAGAGCAGACGGAGGAGAGAAAGCUUCCUCUCUGCUUGCAGAUGAAACAUACUUCUCUGUCUCUGAGCUUCAGGAUCUCUGGUCUCCGCACCGACAUGUAUUUUGGUAACUUGUGUCACAGUGCUCUACCGCCGCUGGCUCGUCCUACGCUGGGCAGGACGCCGCCCACAUCAGAUACCAAGCCCCUCCUCCCUUUCCACUUGCUGCCUGGGUUCAGUGAUAUGGAUCCCGUCCACAAAGCUCUGAUUGGCCCAGGCUUUGGGCCAAUUUCACCUCUGAAGAGAAAACCCAGCGCCUGUGGAGUGUGUCGACAGAGGUUUAACUCCGAGGCGCAGGCUACGUCCCAUUACAGCGGCACCAAACACGCAAAAAGGCUGAAAUCUCUUGACGCCCCCGAUUCAAAGAUCAGGACCUCUGAACCUGUAGCCAAGGAAACCACAUCGCAAAUGCUCCCAUCGCCCUGCUCACAGCCCUCCAGCUCCGACACAACAUCAGGAGAAACGUCAGCCCCAAACUCUUCCUCAGAGGUGUCACCAUCCUGCGACAGCCCCCCUGAAACUGUGACAGCACACUCUGAACCCUCCCUGUCACCCAGUCCAACAAGGCCAGAAAAGGAGACACAAGGAGACGGUGAGGCAGAGAUGAUACCAGAGGAAGAAACAGAAGAAGAAAAAGCUAAACGUCUACUUUAUUGUUCCCUCUGCAAAGUAGCUGUCAACUCAGCCUCCCAGCUCCAGGCUCACAACAGCGGAACUAAGCACAAGACGAUGCUGGAGGCGAGAAGCGGUGAUGGAGCCAUCAAGUCAUUCCCGAGGAUGGGGGUUAAAGCCAAGUUGGCUGCCCCAUUAGAGUCGUCAACGGGACUCCAAAACAAAACUUUCCACUGUGAGAUCUGUGAUGUUCAUGUCAACUCUGAGACUCAGCUCAAACAGCACAUCAGCAGCAGGAGACACAAAGACAGAGCAGCAGGAAAACCAGCCAAGCCAAAGUUCAGCCCUUACCCUCCCACCCAGCGUCACCAGGGUUUCCAGGCAAUUCGUCUCACUCUACAGAAGAACCAAGACAUGACCAAACCCUUGGCCUCGUGUCUACUACAGCGUCAACUCUCUGUCGCCGCUGCUGCAGCGAUGGCAACACUGCCCUCCUUCACUCUCUCCCCGGCUUCAAACUCAAACCCCCACCUUUUUCAGAACCAGGCGCUGCUGCAUCCCGCACCAAGACCCAGCUUCUGCUCGACACAUGCACCAGUUCUGUUUUCACCUUACUGACCAGGCUGAAGUAUCAGAUCUAAACCACGGCCUAAAAACACACCUAAGACGGGGCUUACUAAGUUCCACACAACUUUAGACACUGUGGGUGUCAUGGACAAGGAAGGGGCCCAAUCUACGAGGCAGCUCAAGAUGGAGGAAAUACAGUCCGGGAAAAAGUGGGAUUUCUGAUCUGUAUGUGUAUGUGUGGGUGCAUGCUCAGAUACAGCCAUCACAGACAUAAAACUGUUUUAUUUGUUCAUGCACUACAGCUGAAAGGCUUGUGUGAUUUUAUUGCACCAGCAGUAUUUUUCCAAAGUAUUAUUAUUACAAGGUUACAAAAGAUGGCUCACAGCACUUACACUUCCCUCAGUAGUUACCAUGAGGUCUGUUUUAAUCGCGCCAUAUCAAUGAUAUUUGCUUUUAUUCAAUGAAAUUUCACCAAGAAAACAUGUAAACAAUAUAAAGGAUUCAUUCCCUUGGAAUAGAUCUGGAAAUUGUACUUUGAAAAGAUUAGUCAGAUCAGUUUGUCCUCUGCUGUUGUUUUUGACAAAGUUGAUGUAAGAAAAAAGUAACAUUGAUGGCCACAUCUUGUACCAAAAGUUUAACUAUUUUCAAUCCUAGAGCACCCUGAGAGAAGCAUCCAAAAAGAGAGCCUCUCUGCUCUUUGAAUGCUGAGCUCACCAUUGGUUUUGUUCGAGAAAAUGGGUGUUUACACUUAAUAGAACAACAUUAGUGGAAAUGGGCAACUAAAUACUCAAUUCAGCUGAAUAUUUACAGUGCCUGGGGAAAGUGUCC